AAGCCUGUGUGCGCUCAGUAAACGUAUCGUUCUGCUAGCUUCACGAACUACCACUCGAAUUCAGCAGACAACUGUCGUUUCGUUUCGCAAACAUCUGAGGUGCAGCAGUUUCAACCGCCAAGAUGUUUAACAGAAUGACAAGUUUAUGGAUGGGUGAUUUAGACCCAUACAUGGAUGAAAACUUCAUAAAGCAAGCUUUCAGCACUAUGGGAGAGACUGCCUACGGUGUCAAAAUAAUUACACAUCGAGUUACCGGAGGCUCGGCUGGAUACUGUUUUGUGGAGCUGGCAGAUGAGGCCAGUGUUGACCGUUGUGUGCAGAGGCUCAAUGGGAAGCUGGUUCCAGGAUCAAAUCCGCCCAGGAAGUUCAAGCUAAAUUAUGCAACAUAUGGGAAAAGGCCAGAGCCUGGCCCUGAGUUUUCAGUCUUUGUUGGAGAUCUCACAUCAGAAGUGGAUGACUACCAGCUUCAUCAGUUCUUUCUGAAAAAAUUUUCGUCGUGCAAAGGCGCCAAAGUUGUCACUGAUCCCUACGGGAACUCCAGGGGUUAUGGCUUUGUGAAGUUUAGCGACGAGAAUGAACAGAAGAAAGCCCUUGAGGAGUUUCAGAACGCAUCAGGCCUGGGAGGAAAACCCAUCAGGAUAAGCAUUGCCGUCAAUAAAGGCAAUAAACCAAGCAGUUACCACAACCAGAAUAACAGCUACAACACCAACUAUCAACAGCAGUACUAUCAGCAGCCGUACAACAAUUACUAUUCACAAUGGGGUUACGAUCAGUACAGCGGUUAUAACUAUGGCUACAACCCAUAUGCCACCCCCCCUCCAGUUCCACAUGGGAUGAUGGGACCGCCCCCACCCAUGGGAGUGCCCCCCUUGCCCCCUGACAUGCAGGGAUCCGCAGAGUCACAUGAUGGCACAGAGGAUGUUGAGGAGGACCCCGCUGAAGACCCAAACCCUCAGGUGGAUGUGGAGGCAUUAAAUAAGCAAUACAUGGAGCGCAGCGAGGAGCUCUACGAUUCACUCAUGGAUUGCCUCUGGCAGCCAUUGGACAGUGUCACAUCUGAAAUUCCUAUGAUAAACGGUUCUUGACUGUCUGAACCAACCAUCGUCCGGGAAUAUCAUACUUUGUGAAGGAACAUGCCUUUUUAUAAUGCUCAGAGCGAGUUUUUCAGAGAAUGUUUUUCUCUUUUUCAGCUUUUUAUUUGGAGCUUCAUUCGAGCAGGCAAGAAGUUUUCUUCCCGUUUGUCCAUCACCCGUUUUCUUUAAGUAGUUAUGAUUUUGUUGUACAGAUUUUUUUAAAGAUGGAUGGAAAGAAUCUUUUUCAGUACUAUUGUCAUUUUUAACAAGGAGCUAUUCCUACUCUUGCCUUAUUAAACUUUUUCAUUAGAAAUUUGAAGCAUGCUUUUUUUUGUGGGUACAAAUCUUGUGUGGUCCAAAUAAGCGUCUCUUAUAUCCACCUUUUUUUUUUUUUUUUUUUUUUUUUUUUUUUUUGUCUGGUGUGAGGCCACUGAUGUUUUUUUUUUCAGUUGUGAAAGCUUUGUUUGAAAGAUAGUUCAUGUUUAGAGAUGUUGAUAACCGCAUAAAAGUUUAUACCACAUGGACCCAAAAUUAAUUUUCUCUUUCUUCAAUUUACAUAUGCAUCUGGGUAUAAAUGAAUCACAAGUUUCUUAUUUAAGGCCAAGCUUUCCAGAAAUUCUGUGAAUAUUUUUGUAAUAAAAAAACAAUUGAGAUUGUCAAGGAAGAAUCUAAUAAACCAAUAUGAUGUCUCA